AGGAAUGUGAUGAAGGGUGUAGCUCUGGGACUGCAGGGUCUUCAUGCUGCAUCAGUUACUCAUGCAUCUCUACAUCCCAACAAUGUGUUUGUCAUCGGCCGAGAGAGAGGCAUUGUUGGAGAUUACGAUUUCACUAAGGCACCUGAGCAGAGGGUGUGUGACAGUGGAAUGAUUGCUGGUUUCAUCAGUCUGGUGGCUCCAGAGGUAAAGCAGGGUCAACCACCUUCCCCAUCCAGUGAUAUGUAUGCUUUUGGAGGCAUCAUGCUCUGGCUGCAUUUUCAAGACUUCAACGGAGCCCUAGAUACUCAGAAUGUAGACUUCACUGGUUUGGAGAUGAAUGUGAAAUUGCAAGCUCUCCUCUCAAAACUACUGUUGUCCUCUACAAGACUGUCUGCUUCCGAGGCCCUAAAACAAGACUACUUCAUCUCAGAUGAUAUGUAAACCCAAAUGUGUUUGUGGUUGCGUUCUUUGAAUUUUUUGUUUAGAAUUUGUCUGUAUAAAAAAAACCCAGAGGUAUUUGUUUGUUUGUUCCUUAUAUCCGGUUUAAUGUUCCUGGAAUAAAAAAUACAACAAAAACAUUCAAAAGACGAAAUAAAUCUUUUUUGUGAAUAGUCAGUAAUUGAUUUUUCCAGUUUGUUAUGCUUUGUCCUGUUCCGGCAGCAAUCAGCAAAACGUGAAAAGCUGUCAAAUGUCAUUUCUGUCACUGACUGAAAUGCUCUGCUUUGAAUUUGUAUAUCUU